GGUGUUUCUAAUGAGAAAAAAUGCAACAAAUUGUCUUCUUUUUAUAAUUAUAAUCAUAUUUAUGAUUAUUAUUAUUAAUUAUGAUUAUUAUGAUUAUUAUGAUUAUGAUUAUUAUUAAUUGAACUAGUGCAGUCAUUAGUAUUAAUGGACGAAGGAAGUGAAUUAAAGUGAUUACGGACAAUGGGUGCACCUGAGAGCAGAUCUUGUUAAUCCGCCUGUCAGGUCAGCCUGAUGUCGCAGUCUGCGGACUGAUACUGAUGAUGUGGUGCUCAGGUCAAUUAUUUGGCCUCGGGCAGGCGCAGCGCAGGGCGGCGCCGUGUGGGUGCUGAUCACACGUACUGAUGUUGUUGAACAAAAGAGAGACACAGCGGAGGGAACAGGAAGUUUACGGAGAAGCCGUCGGUCGGAAGGGGCGCCCAACAUUUGUGUGUCAGUAUGACAGGUGUGUGAAUCCAGGACAUUUACGAUUGCCAUGAGAAGCUCCAGAGGGAUGCCCAGUUCCUGUGCUCACAUCAGAGGAUGGACACUGAACUCGUUGACAGACUGGUGCUGCAGCUGAACAGGAUCUACCCCCAGAUACUCAGCGACAAGGAGGCACGCAGGUUCAGGAACCUGAGCGUGCCCACCAAGGUGCGCUUACCAGAGCUCUUGAUGCAUCUGUAUAUGAAGGGAGAGGAGGCCUGUCAUGAAUUCUACAGAGGACUUCACAUUCACGCUGAAGAUGUCUACACCAGCUUGCCCACCAGAGUCACACAGAGAGUAAUGCUGUCCAAUAUGCCAGAUAUUGCAGAUCCAAAAUGGACUCUCAAUGUGACCAGCUCCGCAGAGCGAUUUGUUCUUAAUGACAGAGGUCCGAUGUUCUUCCUGAGCUGUUUCAGCUUUUUAGGUGGUGUUGCACUACUCUACUAUUAUGGAGAGGGUAAGACAUUGAGCUCUACUGGUCCGUUUCUUCACUGCUCUGCAGCAGCACUUGGGAAAGGUACUAAAGAUGUUUUAAUUUCAUAUGCUGAGGUUUGAAAACGGAACAGAAGACGCCAUUAAGGUGCUGCUGAAAUGCUGAAGAAAUGGUCCCUUCAGAAGAACAAGCCAUUUACUGUGCCACUUUGCAGUGCCAAACUCAUAUCCACUUAAAGAGCUAUUGAAGCUUUUGCAAAAAUCUCACUUUUUUUCUAAGCAGUACUGACUUACUUUGGGAAAGGGAAACAAUGACGCAUAUCAUUCUGCCAUGGAUUCCCACAGCUGAAAUCUUUUAUAAAAACAUGUAAUGUUCUACCCUAACACUUGUGUAUAUAUAAAGGUUAUUUUGUGUAUAUAAUGAUUCUGAUCACAUUUUCUUUCUGACUAAUAAAAGGUUAAGUUUCCCCACCUGAAAAAUGUUUAAUUCCAUUAUAAUUUGACCUUUGAUUCUCCGUAAUGCAAAAAUUAGAUUUAUCUCUCUGUGCCUUCUUAGUGGGGCUGUUGGUGAAACAUGCACAGAGGAUUUUGGGACAUAAUAGCCAAAAAUGCAUGAUGUAGUAGGGCAUCCUGGUAUUUUUCUACAAACUACCUUUGACAUGCGUGUAUCGGGACAUCGCGCUCCAUGCCUCUGUAUCUUUAAUACAGCAAACAAAAUGUAAUCAAACAUGUUUGUCAAACGCGGUCUGCAAAUGAUCCUGGGAGUAAAGGUGUUGAAAUGUAAUGUCCUAAGAAGAAGCCUUUAGGUAACAGAAGUGACUAAGGCUGUGAUCGUGAGUGGACUAUUAGAAUGUUGAAUUUUGUUUUUGUUCAAAUAAAGCACAAAACAUG